AUGGCGGCGGGCGGAGGCGGCGGCCCAGGCCCCGGAGCGGGGCCCAGCGGAGGCCCCGGGGGCCGCAGGGGCAGCGCGGGCCGGGACGCGGAGGCCGAGGUUUGGUGCCGGCGGGUGCGGGAGCUGGUGAGCGCGGCCCCCGCCAACCGGCUCUGCUUCGAGUGCGGCCAGCGCGGCGUCACCUACGUGGACAUCAGCGUGGGCAGCCUCGUGUGCACCGCCUGCUCGGGGGCGCUGCGGGGGCUGAACCCCCCCCACCGCGUCAAGUCCAUCUCCAUGACGACGUUCAGCGAGGCAGAGGUGCUGUUCCUGCAGGAGCGCGGCAAUGAGGCCUGCCGACGGGUCUGGCUCGGCACCUUCGACCCCCGGAUCUCGGAGCUCCCCGACUCCCGGGACCCCCAGAAGGUCAAGGAGUUCCUGCAGGAGAAAUACGAGAAGAAACGAUGGUACGUGGCCCCAGAGCAAGUGAAACCCCCCCAAAGCACCACGGAGGCCCCCCAGCUGCUCCUGGGGGACACGGGGACGCUGCCACAGCCCCGCCCAGCCGCCCAAAGACCCCCCCAGCCCCCCCGAAAAUCCAGCACCGACCUCCUGGCAGACAUUGGGGGGGACCCCUUUGCCACCCCCACCCUGGGACCCACCUUCGCCGCCUUCCCCGGCCCGGCCCCACCCCACUCUGCCUUCCCCCAUUUCGAUGCCUUCGGAGCCACCCUGGGAGCACCCACGUUUGGGGGGGCUGGGCCCCCCUUCCACACCCCUCCCACCGCCACAGGAAUCGCUGCUGCUCGGGGUGGGGCCAUCUCAGCCCCGCCCACAGGGGGUGGAGCCUCUUCCAGCCUCUUCGGGACCCUGGGCCCCCCCCCAGCUCCACCCUAUGGGGGCUACACCAACCCCUUCGUGACCCCCCGACCCUCCACCAACCCCUUCCAGAGCAACGGCCCUGGUGCCGCUUUCACCACCCCCCCGGUGCCCGGGGGGUUCCCCAGCCCCUUCCAGGCUGAUGCGUCGCCUUUUGGUGGGUUCAACGUUGCCAAAGCCUCCACCAACCCCUUCGUGACGGCCCCGACGGCCCCGUUGGGCAUCAGGCACCCGACCACCAACCCCUUCCUAUAGCGGCCGCCCCGGGGCGGGGGGGCUCGGCCCAGGCGCCCCCCAAAUCGUGGGGGGCUCCCCCCCCCCCGCCUCCACCAGGACCAGGUUUUAUUUUUAUUUUGAGAGAUUUAUGGCGAGAUCUUAAUAUAUAUUGGAUAGAAACAGC